CACCGACCAUGUCUUCCACGCCCGGCCCAAGUAGUACACCAACACCGCAACGAAGCAACCAAGAAAACAUCAUCACGGCUCUGAACAAUGCAUAUAAGACGCAAACUGGAGACCCGUUGUCUAGCGAUCGAAUCGCACAGCUUCUCAUCCAGAACAUGCCGCAGUUGAGCCAAUUGGCUAAGGAAGGGAAGCUGAAUCAGGCGCAGAUACUGCAGCUGAAAGAAUACGCAGACAAGCAUAAAGCGCAAACACCGGCAAACCCUGCUUUCAAAACUGCUAACACACCCUUCUUGAAUGCCAACCCGAGCGUCGACUCCUACCCCAUCAGCCAAUCACCUAAUCCCACCAAUGCUGGCCCCGCUCCGUGGACUGCUGCUCAACAAGGUCGCCCCACUCUUACAGGCGGAAUACCCAGCGGUAGGGUAGCAGGGACACCGGCACAGUUAUCAAAGCCUUCCGACGACGCCAGCCUGCUGGGAACAGAUGAUAACAGAACGCGAAGAAAGAAUACUCCAGGUGAUCAAAGCAUGCGGCGAACAAUACAAGAUCUUGUGUCCAGUAUUGAUCCCAAUGUAAAGAUUGAACCGGAAGUGGAAGACCUACUGCUAGACGUUGCGGAUGAAUUCAUAGAUUCCGUCACCAACUUCGCAUGUCACCUUGCGAAGCACAGAGGAGGAGACACGCUGGAAGUCAAGGAUUUACAGUUGCAUCUAGAGCGUAACCACAAUAUACGCAUUCCUGGCUUUGCUUCUGAUGAGACGCGGAUAUCAUUAUCACAAACAACUGCAGCACCUACUGCUCCUGCAACCACUGCGACCAAGAAGGGCGGCACACAAAAUGCGCAACAUCCCCUGCGAAAUCAGCGGCUGGCGCAGGUCACAGCGGCGAAGAAGGAGGCAAAGUUGAUAUGAAUGCUAUGAUUGGACUCGGUCUCGUACGGCCAUGUCACACUUGCUGCUGCACUAGAGAGAGCCCCUUUACUGAUCGGCUGCUAUCAGGGACGAUGUACUUGUAAUUUGUGUAUAAUUGUGUUGGGACGACUGUUAGGAAGUAACGUUAGUGGGAUGGAGUUUGUUUAUCAUUUCAACAUAUAUAAUAUCAAGAAGCGCCUUAAUUUGGGGAUCGCGU